AUGCAGCGACUAAAGACAACGAAGACGCCGCUGCUGCUCCUGCUGGUCCUUGGCCUGGCGACCUUCGUCUUGAUCGCCCUCCACUACCUCGGCGGUGCACCGGGGGAGACCGAGGCCGAAGCCCAACAAUGGCCGGAGAAAAACCAGAGCCGCACCACCAUCUCGCGGGUGGCGGUCUUAGAGAGCACCGGGUGGCACGACGAGGUCGUCGCCGCGCUGGUCUACGCCAUCGGACAGCAGCCCUCGACUACGGCACUCACCCUCUACCUCAAGGCCCGGCGCUACGGCAUCGACCAACUCUACGCCGCCUUCGCCCCGCAGGCCUCCAUCUUUCCGGCCCGCCGCAUGCGCGACUUCCUCGACUUGCCCGGUGGCUCGCUUCCCGCGCCCGACGUGGUGGUGCUCGCCACGGGCGAGCGGGACUUUGCCAACCACGCCGACAUCAUUCACCACCUCUUCACCUCGUCGCCGCACACGCGCCUGCUCUGCGUAGUGCACCAUGCGGCCCAGUGGGAGGCCGGUCGCAUGCCCGAGAAGCUGCUGCCCUUCGUCCUGCCCUGGGUCGAGGCCGGCCGCAUCACCUUUCUCACCCUCGCGCCGCACGUUGCCGACCACUUGUCGACAAUCGCCAUACCCGCUUGGCGCGGACAGGUGUCGACGCCUGCUAGGACACCCUUGCGGGCCCGUGUAGAGACCUGGGUGCCUGUGUUCGAGGUCGCUCAAGCUGGGCUGGCCGCGCAGCGCACCAGCGUCAGGGCGGGCGAGACGGCCUUCGCGAUCCAGGGCAACUUCGACCCGGGGCGGCGCAACUACGACGGCGUGCUGUCGCGCCUGCGGUCGGACGGGCAAGCGGCCGGCUUGACGCUCCACCUGCUGGGCAGCGGCAAGGGCGUCAAGGUGCCGCAGGGGCUCGAGGGCCGCGUGGUGGUCGACAGCGGGUUGGCCUACCUGCCCUACUACGCCAUCAUCGCCCGGAGCGUGGCGCUGGUGCCGUCGUUUGCCACGGACGACUACUACGUCGAGCGGGCCUCGUCGACGGUGGCGGCCUCGCUCAUCGCCGGCUGCCCCCUCGUGGCCAGCCGCCGGCUGCUGGCCACCUACACCUACCUCGACGAGUCCGUGGUGUGGGUGCAGGAGGAGGACGAGGACGAGAUGGACGUCGUGAUCCGCGUAGGCCACGAGCGAACCGCCGCCGAGCGGAGCGCAAAGAACGACAACGUGCGGCGGCGGAACCUGGAGCUCUGCGCCAGGAGCGUGCGACAGUUUGACCGGUGGAUCCUCGAAGCCACAGCCGCGAGGCCCGACAUUGAUGACAGCCAGGCCUGA